GAUUUUUGACUGUUCGCUUACUGCUAUCGUUUAUGGUUACUGUGUGUGUAGUUUUAUUUUUCGUAAGAGAAUAACUAAGAUUGAUUUCAAUAUGAGAAAUACAUUUUGAAAUAUAAAGUUAGAUGAGGUCAAUAGGUUAGGUCGUUACCACACUCAGUACUUUUGAUUAUUACAUAAAUGACCAAGGAAAAUAUCUUGGUAACGUGAACACAUAAAAGUUGACCGUCUAUGUUGGACUUAAUGGAAGCAGAGAAUAACACACCGGACUCCAUGCACAGUGCUAGAGAUAUCCUAUGUGUUAGCGACAUCCUAGAUCGAUGUGCUAUGUGUAUCAACUUACUUCUUGGCUGGAAGUGAGAGAUGUAGACGUAGUUUGCGUGUGUUUUUUUUUUUUUUGCUGAUGACGUUUCAUAAAGGAUUGAAAACAAAAAUUAAAAUAUAACCAGCCAGAAACUUGUUUCGAAGGAGUUAAUCAUGAUCAGUACAUUGUCCAGAGGUAGAAUUGCUUUUUUAGUUGUAGGAUGUGUCAUAGGCGCCUCAGUUUUCUAUUAUUUCCAACAUUCACAAGUGACAGGUUUUUAUUCUUCAUCACCAAAUGAUAAGUAUGUCGAAGCAAGGGACCUAAACUCUCUCACAGUGCCUGACAUAGCGGACCUACUGAUAGACAGGUUGAGCCGACCUUCCGAUUUAGCCAAAGUUGUGCUGAAUAAAUCAUGUGAAGAGAUAGCAGGACAUGCUGGUUGCUUUGACAAGAACUGUAAGCAAGUCAUCAGCCUUGACCCCAAGACAAGGAUAAAUGACCUUUUCUCCACGGGGAAGCUGACCCUGUCACAGGCGCAGAGAGACCAGGUGCUCUCUAUCGCCAAGACCAUUCCGGAGAGUGAUGUCAUCAUCGCGUCUGCCAGCUCCUCCAAUCACUACCAUGAGAUGCAGGCGAUGUUUCAGAGCCUGCAUCAGGUCGUAUACCCGAAAUUCAGCAAUUUUUCCGUGGUGCUCUUCGACAUUGGGCUCAGUCCAGAGGAGAGAAGAAUAACAGAACAAAACUGUAAGUGUCAAGUAGUGAGCUUUCCUGCCGAAAUCUUCCCACCACAUGUCAAGAACAAUCUUUGCUAUAGCUGGAAGCCUUUGAUAAUACUGGCAACUAUUUCCAGAGCCAGAAAGUAUCUAGUUUGGCAGGACUCGUCUGUCAGAUGGUUUGAUAAUUUCCGAGUUGUCUUUGAUCGAACCCAAGUCUACGGCCAUCAACUCUUGCGUUAUAUUGAUUCAAGCCGAGUACCUUCUAACACAAUUAAACAAACUUUUGAUUACCUUGGAGACGAGCCUUGUGCCUACUUCCCAUACCCAGAGGUUCAGGGCAACUGUAUGCUACAUAAACGUGAUCCGUUUGUCAUUAAGGCCAUUCUGGAGCCAUGGGUCAGGUGCGCUUUGGAGAAAGACUGCAUCUGUCCAGCUGAUCCUGGGUCAGUUUUAGGAUGUAACCCAAAUCUCAAAAUACAUAGGUGUCACAGGUUUGACCAAUCAGCUUUGACUAUCAUUCUUGCAAAAGUCUAUGGUGAAGACAUGUACAGGUUUAUUUCCCCAGAAACAAGUUUUGACAAACCAGAGUACAUCUUUGUAAGGCGUGGACACGCUGUCAAUGAUUACUUUAAAAGCUAACAAUGAACGCCUUCAUGUCUAGCCAAGGCCUUUUGAAAAUUGUGACACUAUGCCUGUGAAAUCCAACCUCAGUCACUUAAAUGUAAAAAGAAUGUUUUUUAUUAUUACAAGGUCAUCACAUUCCAUGCCAUUAUUAUAUGCUUUGUUUGCUUGUGUUGCUGAUACAUUUCACAAUUUUGUAAAACUCAUUCUGUUCAAACUUUGCCUCAACACACUAAAGCUAUGUCUCUAGACCCAAUGUAAUGUAUUCAAAACGAACAGCUCUCUCUCAAAUUAUCUACCCCUAAUAAACAAAAGUGACGUGACGUCUCUAGAUCCAAUGCAUUGGAUUAAAACGAAUAGCUCUCUCAAAUUAUUUCCCCCUAAUAAACAAAAGCGAUGUGGUUUCUCUAGAUCAGUGAUGCUCAACCUUAUUCAGCCCGCGGCCAUUCUGAUUUUCGGAAUUCGUGUCGCGAGCCACAUCAACGAAAAGUUAAUAUAAACCAUUUCUAUUACUCUUAUUAGAAACCCAUUGAUCUAAUUGGCCUACUUACAUAAAUUAAUGAAGAGUUUGACGUUUAUUUAAAACCAACUUCAGAAUAUCCGGCUACAUACAGAAUUUUAAUUUUCCAAUUGCCUUAUAAUUGUCUUGCAAGAAAGGUCGACGGUAUUCUUCUUUUCCAUGGCACAUUUCUUCCAUCACAGCUUGCAAGAAUUUUUUUUAAAGCAUUGAAAAUGGCUAAAUUUCUCUAUUUAAAAUGUAAACAACUCUGUAGCUUGCGUUAAUCUCCCAAACUAAUGCAGAAAUGAUGUCAUGUGUUACACACACAAGAUGUGAACCCCACGGCCAGCUCAAGACAGCAUCAACAUGUUCCAAGAACCAAAGAAAUCAACUACCGGCUCUUGGUUUUCUUGCAAAAAAAAAAAAGAAAUCCAUCAAAGAAUAAAUGAGCGUCCUAACUUAGAGAAAAUAAUUUUUUUUAAUCUUUAUAAUUUUUUUAUAUUUUUUUUUGACACAUUUUGACAACUGCCAACGUUUUGAAUAGCAUCACGUCACGGACCAGACCUGGCUCGCGGGCCGUAUUUCGGGCAUCACUGCUGUAGAUCCAAAGCAAUGAAUUCAAAAUGAAUACCUUUCUCAAAUUAGCUGGCUGUGUAUGCAUGCCAUCACUGCUUUUAUGUAGGACUACAUCCAUGCUUCUAAAGCAGUGUUUCCCAAACUAUGACUAUUUGAACUAGUAGACCUAUACGUGAAUGAAUUCAUAAGUAAACGUUAUUUCAGUCCAGUACAGGCAAGAUUUUCAUAAUAUGUUGCACUCAAGUCAAAGUCAGGUAAUAUGACGCCACACCAGAUCUUAGAAUUCAUCAAUAUCGUGCAAUAUCGUAUCUGAUAUUAAGAAGUUAUGCUCUUCGAGGACAUUGUAGCAUCAGAUCACAUUUGUA